UUCAGCGAUCCUCGAUAGACGUACCCGAACGAAGAGAGAUUAGUAUUACAGCGUCAAUUAAGCCUCACGCUGAUUUAUUCGAAGAACAACCCGCGAUCCAACGAAACAUUUGCACCAAGAUGGAUUUCGUCUUGAGUUUCCGAGUCAAACGGCGUAACAUUUUGUCAGCAAAAGGAAAUGCUACAUUAGAACCAGGCAAUUACGAAUGCAUUCCAGCCAUUGUGGAGAUUUCGGGCGUCGAAAAAUUUUUAUUUACGGGCAACGUCUUAUCUUCUAACCAGACGCUGACCAUCGAUUUUCUGUUCCAUACAAAAUCCACGGCACCGACAACGUUAGUUAGACCGCAAGGUUUGAGUCGUUUGGCCGAACAAAUGAGAAAUAUUUUGAAAUUGAACAAUUAUGCAGACUUCAAGGUAAUUUCGGCUGACAAUGUCGAAUUUUCUGUACACCGUGCCAUCAUCGCUGCUCAAUCGUCAGUUUUUGCCACCAUGUUUAGCACGGAUAUGUCGGAAAAAUCAACUGGCACUUGCAAAAUUACUGACAUCACUGGAAACAUUUUGGAAGCGAUUCUCGAGUUUCUAUAUGGCCGCACCGUUUCGGAAGAAUUAAAGAAAAAUGCCGAAGAGAUACUGGUCGUUGCCAGCAGAUACGAACUGGAGGAUCUACGUGACAUUUGUGGAAAUUUAAUGGUUGCUGGGCUUACCAGGGAGAACGCCGAGCGGUAUUUAAAAUUAGCUGUCAUCUACGAAUUAAAGGACCUCAAGAAGCAAGCUGCCAAGAUUGUAGCUAAUUUGUAA